AUGGUGAUAAACGUUUCCGUUACUAAUCUCACAAACGAUGCAGCUUCCACUGCACCAGCGCCAGUCAAGUCUGUGGCAGUUCCACAUCCGCCUAUCCAGUUCAGUCCACUCACUGUUGUGAUCAUCGUUAUUGUUGCUUGUUUGAUGCUCGUUGGUGUAAUAAUUGUAAUUAGAAGAAAGAGAAGACUAGACAGGCUGCGGCAUUCAUUGAUACCUUUCUAUUCGUUUGAUGCUAACGAAGAGGAAGACUGGGAUUCAGAUCUGUUACAACACGAAGGUGGAACUCAGACCAUUCGUAGCUAUGGAUCGGUCGAACUGAACAUCAUGGCUACAGAGACAAGAAGCAAAAAGGGUUCCUUCUUGUGA